AUGCGCCACCGAAGACCUCCACGAGUCGAUCUAUCAGCUGAUAUGACGGAAUUGGACAGCACUAGCAUUCAAGAGUCCUUCCUACUGGUGGAAGAAGAGACGAAACGAAAAAUUGAAAUGGUGUCACGUUCCGAGUACCGACGAGGCCACAAAAUCACGAACAACAACAACAACAACAACAACAACAACAACAACAACAACAACAACAACAACAACAACAACAACAGUGGUUACGAAAGCAGUGACGAAAUUUUCAUGCUACAUUGUUCUUCACCAUUAUCCCACGCAUCGACCAUCACGAUGGAUCUCCUGUCACCGUCUUCUUCCAUGAUGACUGACUCCAGCAUCAUGAUUGAAGACGAUGCAAGCCUUCCCCUGUUGCCAGAUUUGCAAGCUGUCCACACAGACGAAGCCAUGAUCGGAACUGUUGGUGGCAUUGACAUCGGUACAUCUUUUCUUCCUGACACAAGUCCAAUCACCAGCAGUGACAAAGGACCAACUGUCUUUAUGGACGACGGCAGCUUUACGUAUGUCACUUUGGAGGAUUCCAAAUCAUCUAAUUCCAGCGGGGAUGUUUUCAAUGGCAUUUCGAACGCUACAAAUCCGACACCAGCGACUUUAAAUUUUGCUUUGCACACUCCCCACAGAGCGGCCAUGCGUACACCCCACAGCUAUAGCCAAACGCCGUACACCUACGAGACUAUUGAAGGUUCCGAUGCCAUGAAUCGAACGGGGUUUGCAUCGCAAUUCACAUUUGAGACUAUUCAUACUUCUGGUAAGGAGAAUACCCCCAAUAGAACAAACACCACUCGGAAAAACAAGAGGGAACGAAUUGAUCUUUCAGCACAAGAGUCCCCAUUAGAGAGUAGGAGGAUGAUAUAUUCCCCAUUACCGAGAAGUGGUCCAGCCAGCACUCCAAAAGACAAAAAGAAACAAAUGCAAACAGUGGAUCUUGACUAUUUCUCGAUCGACGAAUACACAUCUUCCCCAGACAAGUCUGUAAACUGCUUUUCGAUCGACUCCUAUUCAUCCAAGUCGGCGGAUGUUGAUGGCCUCGGCUUUGGUGGCACGGGUAUGACUACACUCGACAUGGCACGAACAAAGAGAGACCAAUCGCUCUUUCGGUUACGAUCCAUGGGAGGAGGAAAGUUACAUUCUAUGCGUCCCCUUCCAGUGCCAUCACAACACAAUAAUAGUACUGGUGGUAUCAGCCAAAGAAAGGAUCAUGUGGCAAAACAACGUCGACGAUUAAGCGAAGUUUUCCAGAGCUACUGUCUAUCCAUGGAAGCAUAA